CUUUGUUUUCUUUUAGGUAAGUCGUCACUCACAGACGAAUCAAAACCCUCUCUUUAUUAAUUUGCUGCUGCUGCUUUCAUUUGUAUUCUCUUGACUUGUCCUCCUCUUUCUCUCCCGUGCGCUCAUCAUUGUGGAAUGUAGCUUUACUCCCUACACAUAGCCCACCAAAAAGGGGGGAAAACCCUUCCUGUCUCUCUGAGGUCUUUCUCGCUUACUCGACUCCCACCUUGCACCAUCAGCUUCUCAGUCAAUUUCCCUUUCUGGGUUUGCUCCAAAGUUCCAACCUUUCUCAUCAGGCGCUUUCAUUUCUUUGCUGUUGGGGUUUGUCUUUGUAACGCAGUGAUGGAGUUGGAGAAUGGUGAGGGCAAGUCGAAGAUGGAAGAUUAUGAGGUCAUUGAGCAGAUUGGGAGAGGAGCUUUUGGCUCUGCUUUUCUUGUUCUCCACAAAGCUGAGAAAAAGAAGUAUGUGCUGAAGAAGACACGGUUGGCUAAGCAAACCGAGAAGUUCAAACGCACAGCUCAUCAAGAGAUGAACCUCAUUGCCAAGCUAAAACAUCCAUACAUUGUGGAGUUCAAGGAUUCUUGGGUAGACAAGGGGAAUUCUGUGUGCAUAGUGACCUCCUACUGUGAGGGAGGAGACAUGGCUGUACUUAUAAAAAAGGCUAGAGGAAUUAUCUUCCCGGAGGAGAAAGUAUGUAAAUGGCUGACUCAAUUAUUACUAGCUGUGGACUACUUGCACUCGAAUCGAGUGAUUCACAGGGAUCUGAAGUGUUCCAACAUAUUCCUCACUAAGGAGAAUGACAUCCGCCUUGGCGACUUUGGACUGGCAAAACUUCUGAACACAGAAGAACUAGCUUCCUCGGUUGUUGGAACCCCUAACUACAUGUGUCCGGAACUACUAGCUGACAUACCUUACGGGUAUAAAUCUGACAUCUGGUCACUCGGUAAGCCUUUAGGACUAUAUGUUCAGUAAAGCUGUAGAUGUAUUCACAAAGAGAAGAAAAGCUGUAGAAUAUUUCAAUCAUAUUUGAGUGACAUUUUGUCUCUUGUAUCCAGGAUGUUGUAUGUUCGAAAUCGCGGCCCAUCAACCAGCCUUUAAGGCUCCUGAUAUGGCUGGACUUAUCAACAAAAUAAAUCGAUCGCUGAUAUCUCCUCUUCCGAUUGUUCACUCUUCUUCACUGAAACAAAUUAUCAAAUGCAUGCUCAGGAAGAAUCCAGAACACAGACCAACAGCUGCAGAACUUCUGAGAAACCCAUAUCUCCAACCAUAUCUCUUCCAUUGCCGUAAUGCAUCAGCUGUUUUUCUUCCAAUACUGCCUUUGAACAACUCUCCUGAGAAAUCAAGACGAAAAUCGCUAACUAGGAGAUUCAGUGGUGGAGGGGCCAGCAAUCCUGCGGUCAGCAGAGAGACUGUAGAACAAAAUGAUCAUGUCCCACCUGAGAGAUCAAAUGGCAAUGCAACAUCAUCUACUUCUAGUGCAGAUGAUAACUUGGACAUGAAGACAGCUGAUUCUAAAACAUCUGAUACAAUCACUGGCCCAAAAGACAGUUCCACUGACUCCGAGAUAAGUGUUUGCAAUGGCGGAGGAGAGAAGCAAAUUGAUGAUUCAAGAGGUCUUCAUCAAAAGGAUGUCACUGAAACUGAAUUCGCCUCACCGAGUCCUCAGCAGGAACCUGAGUGCUUGCAGGAUCCACGAGAUGUUGAGAUCAACCUUGUGACUGAAAGAGAAGAAGAUUUCAACCUACAGGCUUCUGAGAAGGAUCAACUAGAAAUGCCAAAUGACACAACAGAGGAAACUUGCAGAGAAGAACCUGUUUCUGAGGAGACAUUGUUGGUGCCAGCUGAGAAUCAUGAAGCUCCUUCCAUGCUGUUACAGCCAACGCCACCUGAAAACCAGCUGGAGCAUCAAAAUCCAGCGUCCCCCAGAGUUCAUGCAGAAGAAAGGACUCUUUCCGAUCUUCAUCCAGCAGGUAAAGGUGAAAGUGGAUCAAAUCCUGAGAACACUAGAAAUGACGAUGAUCAUCACGGUGGCAAAGCAGCGAAUCACGAGGCAGGGCCACUACCACCUACAGCAAACCACAUCUCGCUGCUACGAACGCUGGCAGCAAUCAACGAUCAGAAGGGGGAGUGGGGGGCUCCAACCCAGCAAAGGGCAGAUGCUCUCGAGUCGUUGCUCGAGCUGUGCGCGCGUCUGCUCAAACAGGACAAGGUCGACGAGCUUGCUGGCGUGCUGAGGCCAUUCGGAGAAGAAGCUGUGUCGUCGAGGGAGACCGCGAUCUGGCUCACUAAGAGCCUUCUUUCUCAGCACAAGUAUGGAGAAGGGUCCUCAUGAAGAAGAAAAGAAACUGUGUCUAAUACUUGUGUUAUAUAUGUGUAUACAUGCAAAAGUGAUCACCCAUUUUAUUGUUAGGUUUCUUCUAAUGUUUGAUGGUGUUAUUGUAGGGUUUUGUUCUGACUGGUUUACCAAAGAGUGUUUGUAUUGUAUGAUUUGUGAGCUUAUCUACUCCAACCUAAAUAUCAAAUUUAUAAUUUCUUUUAGUUUUAGCUAUUAUUUAAAAAAAAAAAUUGUAAAAAAUAUUAUUUAGGACAGGAGAAAAGUGUAUUAAAGAAAAUGUGUUUAUGCAAUAAGUUAUUUAAUUAAUACCCUUUCAUUUCAAUAUAAUACCACCAAUCAUGGUGUGUUACAAAUUGCAAAAGAAACAAAUGAAAAGGGGGGAAUUUAAAAAAAAAACAAAUACAAGAAAUUACAUUACUAUGCUCUCCAAUCUCCAUCAUUUCCCCCAAUUUCUAUUGUCUUGGGUAUUUUUUUUUUCCUAAUUUUUUUUAUUAUUUCAUUUUUUCAUCUUUAUUCAUGCCCACGUGUCCUCUCUUAAUUUUAUAUAUAGCUUACUGGAAAUAAUAGGAAACGAGAGAGACGAGAGAAGCUCCAACCAAAGUUGCAAAGCCCGGCAACGCCGAGCUGGCGGCACUGCUGGGCCCGGCAGCAGGCCCACCCGCAGCAGCAGGUCCACCAGCAGCAGGCCCAGCUGCACCGGCCGCGGUCGCGGCCUCGGCCUCGGCGCCGGUUGGGCCUGGGGAAGGAGCGACUGUCGCCGCGACGGCUGCGUCAGCGGCCAAGACGGUGCUGAGGGAGGCGGCGGCGAAAACGACGGCGCAGCAGAUCUUCUUCAUGGUCAUGGUUGAAAGAUUCGAAACGUUUCUUUCAAGCGAAAAAAAAAACUGCUGGACGGAGAAGAAGACUUGGCUUCGGCGCCUGGAUACGGGACCUGCUUUGUGUUUCUUUGGGGUUUCGUUUUAUUCUCUUUUUUUUUUGUUUUUUUGCU